AUGGAAGGUCUUCAGCUGGCUUGGAACUUGGGACUGCGGCGGAUUAGAGUGGAGAUUGAUUCUCAGUGUGCUGUGCAGCUUCUGCGUAAUCAAGAUGCUCCCGACCACCCACAUGCAGUUACUAUUCAUCGUUUCCAGGAACUGUUUCAACGCGACUGGGAAGUCACCAUUCAUCAUAUCUACCGAGAGGGCAACAAGGGAGCGGACUUCCUUGCAAACUACGGCCACGACCUUCCAUUAUGCUUACACAAUGUAUCUUGUUCUACCCGUGAUUUCCAUCAUAUUCUUUUGUAUGACUGUCAAGGUCUCUCUGAGACUCGUUUGGUUGUGAAUGAAAGCUAG